CAACUGUUUUCAUCCAUCAACUUCCAUCAUCUAGCGCGUGUUUGCACAUAACCCAUCGCGGUCUGCCACUCUGCAGUCCAGGCAUUACCUUGUGCAUCACAUAGUCUUUGCCAUUGAGGUCUGAAGGCAGGCGAGCUAGCUAGACAUUGCGCAUUCAAUACAUGCUGCUUUGCCCAGCUCUGAUUGUAUCCUGGCAGCUUGAUAGUAGUACAUGUCUCGUUCUGAAUGAAGCACGCCCUACUCAAUCGACACAACAAGCCACGCCAACAAGCACUCACUAUUGGAGCCGAGCCAUCGCCAUUCAUCCGCUUUCCGCAGCGCCUGAUUCUCCUCCCAGCCAUCGUCGACGUUAGCAGCACCACGGCCAACACCUCACCAUGUCUUAUAAUGACGAUGCUGUGCUGGCCAAGCUGUCCGGCCUAGCAGAGACCCAAGACAGCAUUGUCACUGUGGCCCAAUGGAUCAUGUUCCACCGACGUCACGCGGAUCGGACUGUCCAACUCUGGCUCCAACGACUAAAGGACUCUCCUAGCAACAAGAGGCUAAACCUCAUUUACCUAGCCAAUGAGGUCACCCAGCAAUCAAAAGCACGCCACAAAGAGGACUUCCUCGUCGCCUUCUCUCCUGUCAUCGCUGAGGCUGUAGCAACAGCGUACAAAGGAGCGCCACUGGAGGUGCAGACAAGAGUCAAACGCGUCGUUGACGUUUGGAGAGAACGUAAUGUUUUUGAGGAACCCAUUCAGCAGGCAGCGGAGGCUCGGCUGACCGAGAUUGACAAGACUCGUGGCACAACCAAGACCGGGCUUGGUGGCAAUAUCUUCGGCGGGAGUGGCCCCUCGGUCCCAACAGAACUUGCACCUCUCGUGACACCACAGCAGAAUGUCACCAAAGCAGUCAACCCGAUGAAGACGGCUGUCAGCACUGCGGACCAAGAGUUUGAGAAGCUGAUGGGACCAUCGGCCGCUAUCCCUUCGGCUCCGGUCUACGCCGCUCGUCUGAGUGCGCUUCUGAAGACUCUUGCCCAAGCAGAGGGUGCCGUGGAGCAGUGUGUUAAAGCUCGGCGCACACUGGUCGGAGAGCUCCAGAAGAUCCUGGAGACUAACCGGACGGCCCUGAUUGCGGAGGAAGACCAGCUUGAGACCUUGACGAAGAGGAAGGAUGAUGCGAGCAACAAGAAGAGUGACGUCGAGCGCGCCAUCUUGGCUGGACUUCCGCCCGAUGAGUCCUAUCCCUCCGGCGGCUUCGGCGAGCAGCCUCAGCCAGAGCCCGAACAACCCGAAAUGGAGGCAUUGACGCCACCGUCCAUAGAGCCAGAAGGUCCUGAGGACAGCUCAAUCAUGGCGACACUGGCGCCGGAGGCACCGAUUGGUGCUGUAGUCGAAGCGUUCGAAGGUGACGUCAGCAACAACUCACAGGAUGGAUCUUUCCAGAGGAUUGUCGUGGCUGGGACUAAUGGUAAUAAAAAGCGGAGAUUGGACGACGACAACGGUUUUCCUGAUCUUGGUGGCGAGGGUCUCGACGCAGACGUUGUGGACAUGCUGCGGACAGACAGCAGUGGUGCUCAGUGAUGGUGAGGGAUUGUGUAUGAACAGGCCGGUCUGUAUUGGUGUGGUCCGGGAGUCCAUGAGCACAAGGGUGCCUAAGUAUUUUCAGGUUUCGAGAGACUGUCGGAGCCAUUGUUUACACCAUAUGUAUCAUUCGCAUCAUAAGCUCAAUUUUCUGUUCUUGAAUCAAUGAUAAGCCUUCGUUGAAUCCUCCC